CUCGAGCGAGCGAGCGAGCGAGCGAGCGAGACAGACGAACGGACAGGCAGCCGCAGUGCACGCAGGCAGUAUCUCGCUACACCAACACACAGGCGCACAGCGCGCAUCGUGUGCGUGACGGUACCAGAGAGAGAACCGGUACACUGUGUACGACAUUCGCGUGCGACGCGCGGGGAGAGAGAGAGAGAGAGAAACGUGCUCUAUGAUCGGUGACAGACAAGAUGGCGGAGUACCUGGUGCAGUGAUAGUAGUAGAGCGGUGCGUAUCGCACGGGCUGCAUCGGACGACGUGCGUCGGAGGUUAGGUCGACGACGAGCGAGCGAGCGAGCGGGCGGGAGAGAGAGAGAGAGAGAGAGAGAGAGAGAGAGAGAUAGACACAGUGACAACAGCUGGGGACACAACAUGGACCGGCCGCUCGCGGUCACGACGAAACGUCGCGGGCACCAGCAUCACCCGCGACACACCACGCGCCGACGUCUCGACGCCUCCAGCAGAGGACCCGCGCAGUGUGGCCCUGCUGGUUGCACCGACAAGGACAGCAGCAGCGUUGCCGGGGUCACCGGCGACGCUGCCGCUGAGAAGACGUCUUCCCUCGCCAGGGUGACCGAAGCUCCCUGCACGGUUAUUACCGGCACCUACCUCACGGCGGUCACCCGCGCGCCCUUACCGCGGCCCGUCCUCGGCGCUGUCCGGGGUAUCGUGAGGCCAUGUGCCGCCGAGGUAACGAGGAGCAUCGACGACGCCGUCGUCGAGACCAAAGACUCGAGAGUCCACGUCGUCGGGCGAGACGACGACGGUGAGAAAGAGAACAAGAAGAACGUCCAGCAGAGGCUCGCGCAGUGUAGCCCGGACGUGCUUCCUGCGGCCGGCGAGGGUAAAGACGUCGAGCGCGUCGAGACGAAGACGAAGAGUCCGAGCGAGAGGAGUCCCCAGAGACAGAGAGACGCUCCCGAUAGCCCGUCGAGGAAGGACACCUCGCCCGAGCCUGAGCACGCGGUCGCGAGGGCUCGCGGCGACGGGAACUCCGACGACGAGUCCGCCAACGUCGAGGAGGACCCCGAACUAGAAGAGUUGGCCAAGUUACGGUGUCCCAGCGAGCGUGCCGAGGUCCAGGCAGAGCGAGAAGCUCGCAGACGGAAGAGAUGCGCCGAUUACCCCGGGCUCGCCUUCGGCUGCUCCAUCUUCUCCAGCGACACCAUGAUGAAGUUCAGUCUGAUAAAGAACGAACUGCAGAAUAUCACGAACAAUCAACUGAAGCGGGCGGAGUCCGAGGUCGCCGCCUUGAAUCGCCGCAUCCAGCUGUUGGAGGAGGACCUCGAGAGAUCGGAGGAGCGUCUCGCCACUGCCACUGCCAAACUGGCGGAGGCCUCGCAGGCUGCCGAUGAGAGCGAACGCGCCCGCAAGAUUCUCGAGAAUCGCAGCUUGGCGGACGAAGAGCGCAUGGACGCCCUCGAGAAUCAGCUGAAGGAGGCCAGGUUCCUCGCCGAAGAAGCCGACAAGAAAUACGAUGAGGUCGCCCGUAAAUUGGCCAUGGUUGAGGCCGAUCUCGAACGCGCCGAGGAGCGUGCGGAGGCCGGAGAGUCCAAGAUCGUCGAACUUGAGGAGGAGUUGCGUGUCGUCGGCAAUAACUUGAAGUCCCUCGAGGUCUCCGAGGAGAAGGCGACGCAGAGGGAGGAGACGUUCGAGGGUCAAGUGAAGAUUCUGGAUAGCCAGUUGAAAGAGGCUGAGGCGCGUGCUGAGUUCGCGGAGAGAUCCGUGCAGAAGCUCCAGAAGGAGGUUGACAGGCUCGAAGACGACCUCGCGGCCGAGAGAGAGAAAAACAAAUUGCUGCAGGAGGAGAUGGAGGCCACCCUGCAUGACAUCCAGAACAUGUAGAUCAUAUUUUUCGCGCUGGACAAAAACGCGUGUAACCGCGUCAGAGAGAGAAUGUGUUUUAGAGCGAACAUCCGGCGAAGUAUAAGCAGAUAGGUAGAGGAGCGGCAGAGAGAAAGAAAGAGAGAGAGAGAGAGAGAGAGAGGGGAGGGGAAAGAGAGAGACGGAAAAUGAAGGAAAAGCGCGAACGUAGAAGAUAGAUAGAGAAAGAGAGAGAAAAAUGUACGGACAGAGGAGAAUGAAUGAGAAAUAAACACGCUGCACGGCAGCGGCGGCGUGAGCGCUUCGUGCGCGGUGCACACCUUAACAUUAACGGAGAAAAAUGUAGUCUUUAGGCUAGCCUUAUACUCUCCAUUACGUCCAUCCGCGGUGUAUGUGCGAAUGCGUGUGUGCGUGUGCGCGUCACGUGCCUGUUUGUACGUACGCGAUGCGGGUUAGAGACUGACAUAGGACGCGAGAGAGAGAGAGAGAGAGAGAGAGAGAGAGAGAGAAAGGGAGAGAAUGAGCUAGUAGAGAGAGAGAGAGAGAGAGAGAGAGAGAGAGAGAGAGAGAGAGAGAAUGCGUGUGUGUAUGCGCAUGUGUGCGAGAAAGAGCGAAGAAAAUGCAAUACGAGAGAAUGAUAGUGUAC